AAACACAAGUACACUCAACUGUUAGUGUGUGUGUAAGAUUUCGACACGAAAGUGACUGCACAGUGCAACUGACUGAUGUCAGUGUAAAGAAUAUUGUGAUUAAGCAAGAAAAUAUUUAUUAGUGCUAGAAAAAAUGUUAAAGUGAAUGCAGCAAGGAUUCGUUAAUAUUCCAUAUUUCAAAAUGUAUACUUUGUGGGCGAUAUGACAGAAAGGUGUUCAUCAUCAGACUCCUCUUUACGGGAUAUAUUUUUAAAACCAUUACAAUGGGGUCUAGAUUAAGGGAAAAUGUGAAGCAUAUAUUCGAGUGCUUCUGUGAAAUAGCUGCACCUAUAGGAGAGAAACAAGCCUGGAUUCUUCAAAAAUAUCCUGACACAUUUGCUGAUCAGGAAAUAUUAAAAUCUGUUCCAAAAUUCGCGUAUCCUUGUGAAGUGGAAAAUCAACAGGUACAGCAUUUUUCGUUUGUCCUGACCAGUAUAGACUCGAAAUGGACUUUUGGAUUUUGUCGACACGAUCCUAAAACAACAACUGCAUUAGUUAUUUUAAGUGCAUUACCAUGGCACGAAACGUUUUACAUAUUCUUAAAUCAUAUUGCUACAUUAAUAUCAAGUAAAAAUGCUGGUGAUUUAGUCAAAUUUUUGGAAGAUGUACAUAACACUGCAGUUCCAGUGUGUGGAAUUGCUGCCAGUAUUCCUCUUCCCAAUACCAGUACUGUAUUUCUUUGCCAAAGUCCGAAACAAUUCCAGUUACCCAGUAUACCAGAAAAUAGAAAUUUAACAGAAUAUUUUAGCGCUGUGGACACUUAUAAUAUGAUGAUAAUAUUUGCCUCUAUGUUGUAUGAAAGACGCAUUGUGUUUACUUCAAAACGACUGUCCAGGCUGAGUGCUUGUGUGCAAGCAUGUAAUGCCCUUAUUUAUCCAAUGAUCUGGCAACACAUUUACAUCCCAGUUUUACCACUUUCGCUUAUGGAUUAUUUACUGGCGCCCAUGCCAUUCCUCAUUGGCGUUCCUUCAUCGACUCUUCAGAGGGUGAAUAAAAACGACAUGGGUGAAGUAGUUGUUUUGGACGCUGAUAGUAAUAAUGUUGACACACCAUUUCACGACUUAGAAUCUCUUCCACAGGACGUAGUGACGAAUUUAAGAAAAGCUUUACGAAAUAGACCAGCAUUAUUGGGAGACGGAGUUUCGCGAGCAUUUUUACGUGCUUUAGUGCAAUUGACUGCGGGUUACAGAGAAGCUUUGACUUUACAACAAGGAGUCAGAAUUACUUUCGAUCCAAAUAAAUUCGUCGAGUGUAGACCACUGUCCAUGCAACCGUUUUUACGAAAAAUGCUAGAAUUACAAAUAUUUCAACAAUUUAUAGAAGAAAGACUGCAUAUGCUUAAUUCAGGACUAGGAUUUUCAGAUGAAUUUGAAAUAGAAGCUUGCAAUUAUUCGGACAAAUCUGGUAGUAAAUUUAUGCAACAGUAUCGAGAGUGGACAUUCGCAAUGCGGAAGGAGGGUUCCGCGUUCAUCCGUAGCGUCAAGGAUAAAGCAAAUCCCGCUGUCAAGUACGCUGUCAAAUCUGUGAAAGACAAAGGAAAGGAUAUGAAAACGGCAUAUAAGGGUCUUAAAUGGAAAGGUCGAUCGAGUAGAGCUGAAAAUAGUAUGCGCUUCCCUCAACCUAGAUCCGCUCCUAGUUCACCUACUUCCGAAAGAAGAGCAAUUUCCUUUAGUUCGCCAUCAAAAUCACCGAGUGGAUUUACGGCCACGACCAGUUAUCGCAAGGAACUUCGAUUGCGCAACAGUAACAUUGAUGCGAGUAGAAAACAAUACUCUCCACUGAGUCCAAGUUCUCCCGAAGAACCAGAUUCGCCCCCAGAACGACUUAAUAUAGAUCUAAUGCAUGAACUUCGAGAUGUGAUAUUUCCGAACACUCCACCCGUUGAUAGAACAUUGAAACCAGUUCGAAGUUUAGACAGCUUGAGACCUGCAUGGAGUGGGCGCUUGCGGCACGGCCCUUUACCAAUUUCCCAAAAUUCCUUUGAAAUUCCUCCAAAACCAAAAUUCAAUCCCGAACCACCACAAGAAAUUUUAUCAAAUCAAUUAUUUAAUUUGGAAUCGAAAAAAAUCCCCACCAAUGUUAAAUUAAAAGAAUCAAUUCAAAAUUCUAGUGAUUUUACAAAUUCAAAAUUAGCCGACAUAUCGCCCCUAAUUGAAAUUUCUUCGAAUUCGAAAAAAAAUACAGAAACCACAACUCACGAAAUAAUUAAUCCCUCGAAUCCAUUUGCGAAUAGUGAAAUUUUAAAAAUAAAAACAAAUGGACAAAAUUUGGAAAUUGAUGUUAAAGAAAAAAUUACUGAUAAAUUAUUGGAGGAUCCAUUUGAUGAUGAUUCGAUUAAGAGUAAUUUACAGGAUCCUUUCGAUACAAGUCGAGUAAUGAUUCCUAUGAAUCCUGUAUUGCAUUCCAUGACAAAUCAAAAUUCCAUUAAUUCUCAUCCAUCACAACCAUUGAACACUGAAUUCUGCUCGUCACACGCUAAGGAGACUUCCGAGAGUCAGGAUUUAAUAAGAUUAGAUUCGACAAAUAGCGACGACGAUUUCGAUCCACUUCUAACAAAAUCGCGAUUUAAUGCUCCAAAUCAAAUGAGUCAAUCGUUGAACAUUCCGCAAAUGGGAGAAGGUCUCAGCAAUCCACUAUAUCCAUAUUUUCAACCAGCAAAUCAAAGUAGCGCUGAAUUAAAUCAACCCCAACAGCAUCCUGAGAAAUGUAAAGAUUUAGAUUUAUUACAAGAAUAUGGUUUAGAUUUCAACAAAUUUAGCCUCACCAAUGGCGCCGCUUCUUCUUCAUCUUCAUCGACUUCAAAAAUUCCCUCGCAAUUUAGUCAGGACUUUUCAGAAAAUAAUUUUAGCAUAAACAAUUCAUUUGGAGCACAAUUUAGCGCUCAAACAGUCAAAUCGCAGAAUAAUUGGACCAAAUUCGAGUAGAAAAAUUAUUUACCUAU